AUGGUGUACACAAACAUCACCACCACCAUGACUGUGACGACUAUGAUCACCACCACCAUUUUCAGCACCCUCGUCCGGGAGCCCUCUGUGCCCCCUUCGUCUGCUCCCUUCGCCCCCUCUAUCUCGAAGGCUGUGGCCAACCUGGCCAAGAUACCAGCAGGCCUUUGGGCCGUAAUUUUCCUCGUGCUGGCCGCCGCCAUAGCCGCCGGAGCUUACUUCUUGAAGAAGGAGGGCAAGAAGCCCGAGAAGGACGACGAGGAGGAGAAGAAGGAGGAGCCCAAGAAGGCCAAGGAGACCCCUACCGAUGACCUGACUGCGGCCGCGGCGAACCCGCAAACGGCCCUCACCACCGAGUGGCUGCGGGAGAGGCGGGAAGGCAAAACCCGCCGGCCCCUCCCCAUCUUGGUGGAGGCCACUGCCCCCAAUGUCGCCCUGCCCGCCGCCGACACUAGCGGCGAGGUCAUUUUUGUCCCGGUCCCGCCUCCUCCCCCCGCCCACGUCGCGCCCGCGCCAAGAGGCGAGACCCGGAGCACCGCCCUGCGCAAUACCUUCCAUGGUACCGAGAAGUUCUUGCGUCCUGGUGGGAGUCCCCUCGCGGUUGCCCCGGCAUGA